AUGGCCAAGGAGGCAAAGUCUGCCAGUUGUGUGAAAUGUAUUGUAGCUGAUUCUGUUUUACGAAAGAGAGCCAGCACAGCCAGGUCACAAACCACACAGGCAAGUGAUGCGGAUGCUGGCGAUGCAGGAACUUCAUCAUCGCACCACACUCCACUAAGACGACAUUCGCAGGGGUCUGGCAGUCUCCAGAAGAUGGGUAGUAAGAGACGCCGACUUGAGCCCGUACCUACACCCGCAUCCUCACCACCACAACGGCGCAUCUCAACUGUGUUGCUUCAGCCACCCGAUGCCAUUUUGGCCAAUCCACAAACCGAUGAGCCUCAAUCCCCUCAGCUGUCUGAUCCAGACAUCAUGCCCCAGGAUACCCAGCAGGAAACGGACUUGCAGCAAACUUACACACUACACCUGCAAGCAGUUGAUCCUAACCAGCCACCCACGCCGGCUGAGAUUACUCCCCCACCCCAAACAACCCCCACCCAACAAGUGAGCCCAACACCACCCCAGCCACAAAUGGGACAAGACUUUUGGUCCAGUUGGACCACACAACAGGCCCAACAUUAUGCCUGUCUGCAAAACCACCGCCAAUACCUUGCCAGUCUGCCACAUCAUCUACCGAGACUGAGUAGAAACUCAGACAGACUGAUUGUUCAACUUGGCAGAGUGGCCAAUAGCAUGGAACAAAUGAGAGCAGACAACAGCCAAAUGAUAGGAAGCUUUCAACGCAUCAUGGAUGAACAAAACCGCCAGCAACAAGCCCUCAUACAACUAAUCCAGAACAAUCAGAUGAUCACAGAAAGUAUGUCCAGAAUAGUUGCCAACAACACAGCCGCAACAACACAACUGACAGCAAGCAUCAACAACUUGAGCCAAAACAUCAAUUUGUUAGCAGCACAGCAACAAGGCUCAAGCUCAGGGACAACCACACCUAGCCAGACCCCAAUUUCCUCCCCAGUUAGGCGAUCAAGCAGAACACGGCCCAAUGUGCCAACAGAAUCCUCUGCAGCCACCAAAAAAAGCACACGAAAAUGAGCAAGCAAAAAAACAAAAAAUAAAGUAUUGUCCCAUAUCACUCACGAUUCUAGAUUUGUGUCCAACACCAGAGCCGGCCUUAGGCAUAGGCAAACUAGGCAAAUGCCUAGGGCAUUUGGUAUGCUUAGGGGCACCAGCAGGUUCUGAUGAUUAAAAUGAUAU